AGAUAGAGGGUGCCUCUCAUUUUCGUUUUUAUUCAAAGCGACACUCUUCCACCAUGGUGCCUAAUAUCAAUCCAAAGAAUCAACAGCCGGGGGUAACAUCGUCUCUGGGAUUGUUUGCUUCGGUCAGUCCGUCCAAGUUGUCUUCGUACCAGUAUACUAAUAAUAAUGGUUCUACCACUGCCAAUGCCAGACAGAGAUCGACUGCCAAACUACAAACUGACAAUGAAGAUUCAUCCACUACUAGUACUAGUUCAAGUGCAAGUACUACAUGCACAACUACUUCUACCACACUGUUUUGUGAAAAGACCAAUGAAAACAUCUCAUCAGGUCAACCACCUCCACCAGCUGUAACCAAUGUUAACGUUAACGUGAACCAAGAAGGAGUACCACUCGUCACGAAGCUUCAGACUUCCCCAAUUGACACAACACCAGGACUUGCAGGGGCCAUCGCCCCCACGGCAUUGCUGGUGGGUGGUACGGCGGCCAUGUACCAUUCGCUCUUGCAUCAUCCCAGUUCCACAUUGACGCCACUCUCUAUACUCUACAUGCUACUAUUGGCCAUUCAAACCAGUGUACAGCCACGACUCUCCAAAAAGUACAUUUCCAAACAAGUCCCCAAAGUCAAAGUGGCACUGGUAGAAGAAGUUAUUAAAACCAGUGUCGCCACACUGCUCUUCUUCCAAUGGACCGAUCCACUCGUCGUUAAAGACGCCGUCCAAGAUUGGACACUCUCGUCGUCGUUAUUGGUGGCGGGGGUCCCGGCCACGCUGUAUGCGGUCCAAGCCGUCCUAACGUAUUUAUCGCAUCAACAUUUGGAUUCCGUCACGUUUAAUGGAUUGUCACAAACCAAGACGCUCACGGCGGCAUUUUGCUGUUAUUUGGUCAUGGGCAAGAAACAAUCGCCGCUCCAAAUUGUUGCAUUGGCCAUGUUAUUCGUGUCCGCCAUGGUCUUUCAAAGUAGUGGCAUGGGAUUUAACUUGACACGGUUGGGACGAAACAAAUCAGCAGCAGCAACAGCACCCGACAAAACCACCAACGAACAAGACACUACAACACCAACCACAAAAAGCCAACAACUACCAGCAAUUGCAGCAGCAUCCCCCUUUUUGUGGUACGGUGUGGUCCCCUGUUUGGGAGCCACUUUCUUGUCCGGGUUGGCGGGAGCAUUUUCCCAACGAGGGUUACAAAUUGUGGGAGGAAAUGGACGCAAUGCGUUCUUGUACACGGUGGAAGUUUCCUUCUUUUCCGCUCUUACGUUAUUUAUCACGCAGGGAUUCUCCAUGCUCAUGACACUAAUGAAGAAGCAACAACCAAAACAGCAACAACAACUCGACAAUGACGGCAAGAAGGAAACCGACAGCAAUCACAACUGGACAUGGCAAGCACUCAUUCCCAUUACCAGCAAAGCCAUGGGAGGAAUUCUCACGGCAUUGGUGCACAAACAUGCCGGAUCCGUCGUCAAGGGGUUUGCACUCAUGCUUGGAUUGGUCAUGAGUGGGAUUUUACAAUCACUUUGGUUUGGAAGCAACGAUGAUGACAAGGGCCCCACGGGACGCCUUCCCGCCAAUCAAGUGGUAGGCAUUCUCAUUGUCAUGUUGGCCAGUUGGCUUCAUGUCACAAAUCCACCAGUAUAAGUAAGGAAGUGAUCAAGUAGAAAGCACGAGAGCCCCGGGAAUGAUACAAACAAGACAAAUGGGCAUAUGGUGGCAGGCAAUUCACCCUCUAGAGAGAAAUCGGUCUUGUUUUUGAAAGUUUUGACCGAAGAAAUGUAUGCCGAUACGGGCAAAACCACAGAUGGAACGGCCAAGGCUAAAUGGUUUAACGCGGCCAAGGCGACACCAUUUUCCAAUACCGAGUAGAAUUAAUUAUGCAUAACUGAAUCGUUCAAUCCU